AUGGCAGCGAAUAAUAUCCAGCGACUCGACGCGGCCAAAACCAUCCUCGUAAGCAAUGCGCGUCUUGUUGUUUCGAUGCAGCAGCUACAAAGGGAAAAGACAAGUGAAGCCAAUGCUGCUGCCCGGGGUCAAGUCCCUUCUCUCCUCUCAAAUUCCACCAAUCAUUUUUGUACCGGGAAGGCAACGCUCUGUCUGUCGGAUCUACGAAUUCCUCUUCUGUGGAAGGACACCACACUCACACCGAAUUCAUCCGUGACACUUGCUCAGGUGCUGGACCCAGGCUAUCUGAGUUCUUCACCUGCUCCCAGUGGUUAUUCCUCCGCAACCUUGAGCCGACAGCGACCACUGUCUGCGGUCAUUUCUAUGGCAACCGCGGGAGCAUUAACCGGUGGUGAUGUGGCAGGGGAGGCCUACUCAGCAUUCUGCAUCGUCCGUGUUGCUGAUCAAGUAAGGGAGACGCGUCUUCUUUGUGAUGUGUUUCCAGGAUCUGCGGACCUUGAAUUUGACGAUGUUCUCACCUUUAAGAAUAUCGGGCCGGACUUUGAGUGCACAAUUGAAGUCUACGGUUCUCAACCUUUUUGUGGACAGAAUGGAAGUGCCUUUUUGCGUCGCAAGUCCCAAAUAGACUCUAUCUCCGCCGCCAAUCGCAAUUCAAUUUUCCUCGGAACCCUCACUCCAGAAUACACUAAGGUAGUAAUAUGUCUCGAAGUCUGGCCAGCGAGGGGCCGUUUCAGCACAUUCCCUCCACAUAGCGUAAUGUGGUCUCGUUUUCUGUCCUAUAAACUGCAGGCUCUAUUAGGAUUCGGUGUUGUUUUCUCUAGCCAGAUUGCCGAUUGCUGCUUCACCCUCGUUGCACGCUAUUCAGCGAGGCUGUCAGACCUCAGCAGUGGUGUAAGCGCCCAUGCCCUGGAGUUCCUCCUCACACCAAGCCACCACCCGUCUCAGUCUGGGGUCAACUCCCUUCUCAGCAUUCCCGCCUUUCCAACUAAUGACGACAUCCUACCACUCUUUGGUCCAAUCUGUUUCCGCAUGUCGGCACAGCCGGAUUCUGCUCACAAAUCCGUUCGUCAGGGACUUCUUUGGAUCAGAACACUGAACGCCUCUCCAAAGCAGGAAGUUGCACAACUUUACUUCUGUGAAUUGCGUAACCAACGUCUUUACGCCCGACUUGUUAAGUCAAAAGAUCGAUCUGCAUUGUCUUCUGAUAAUCCAGAAAUCACAGCUAACGCAGCCGCACAAACAGACUCCGUGCUAAGGAGAUUGCGACAGUCUUCAUCGGCAGUCGGUGGGGGACCACUGUCGAAACAAGAUCUCGUAAUAAAAGUGGAACCGUCAAUGGAGAUACUUGACGACGAACCCGUACGCCGGGCAAUUUUUCUCUCUUCCGAAGCCUUUACACUCGAAGAAUGGUCAUACUUUUUGUCCAAACGCACAGCUGGACCUCGAAGGUCUGCCUCCACAGGUCUUCUUCCCUCAACGAUGCACUUAACUGAUAACGGUAAUGAGACGGAAAGCGAUCGUGUUUCGCCCACAAUCUCACGUCAGUGGAGCCUUUGCAACCAGGUGAUGACUACAGAGGGUUUCGAAAAACAAAUGGCGACUUUACAUCUGGUGUCAAGGCUCUGUGGUGAACGAGAACUUGAGGCAGUCUUCGAAAUAGCUGCUUUUGACCCCCUUUUUUUCGUGAAUGCAGAGGAGCUUGAGGACAGUGGCCCAUUGAACGACUGGCUGUGUGCUAUACGGGAGCAUUUGGAGGAGCAGGCCGUUACUCAUUUUUCGUUGUUUGUUUUUUUAGUUAGUUGGGGUGUUGACAUAUUCGGUCACGAGAUCAGCAUUCCUGAAGCCACUUCGCUUACCAAGCACGGCACUAUCAUAAGAGCCUCCACAAUUCCAGAGGUUCCAUCUCCACCAUUGGGAACUUGUAACAAUUCUACCACUCCAAUCACUAUUCAUUAG